UGUAUUAUUACACCAUAGGCCUCGACUAGCAUCGUUUAAUUCUACAUGCCAUAGAUGCUACAUGCAUCUCUUUAUGUUUUGUUUAGAUUACCAAUCAAGAAAAAUACUUAAGGAGAUCCGAGAAACAAGUUUGAAGAAAUAAUACAUUAUUUUAUUUUAGCUUUGGGCACUUAAUUAAUUUGUUAAAAAGAAAACUCAAUAUGUCGUCCUCUGUGCACUGCCAAUUGUGGAUGGGAAGUUUGGAGCCAUACAUGACCGAAAACUUUAUAAUCGCUGCGUUUCGGAAAAUGGGAGAGGAACCUACGACAGUGCGCUUAAUGAGAAACAAAUACACCGGCGAGCCUGCCGGCUACUGCUUUGUCAACUUUGCCACAGAUGAGAGUGCCAUGGAUGCGAUGCAUAAACUUAAUGGCAAACCAAUACCUGGAACUAAUCCAAUCGUUCGCUUCAGAUUAAAUAGCGCCAGCAAUUCGUAUAAACUACCCGGGAAUGAGCGAGAAUUCAGUGUAUGGGUGGGUGACUUAAGCUCAGAUGUUGAUGAUUAUCAGUUGUAUAAGGUUUUUUCUACAAAAUAUACCUCUAUCAAAACCGCUAAAGUCAUUUUGGAUAGCUCGGGAUUUUCGAAAGGCUAUGGCUUCGUAAGAUUUGGAAUUGAAGAUGAACAGAAAUCUGCUUUAUAUGAUAUGAACGGAUACAUUGGAUUAGGCACAAAACCUAUUAAAAUUUGCAACGCUGUGCCAAAACCAAAGAAUGAGCUGGGCGUUGCUCUUGGUACAACUAGUAAUUAUGGUUAUGGCGGUGGUGGUAUUGGCGGUGCCUCGACCACUGCAGCAGUAAGUGCGGACUAUUCACAAUAUUAUGAUCCAACAAGCACAUAUUGGCAGAAUUACAACUCUUGGCAAGGAUACUAUGAUCAAAGUGGCGCAGGGGCUAUGACAGAUCCAAACAACACUUACUAUCAACAAUCAAUGGCUCAGUCGCAUGCAAAUCCGCAAACAUUGGCUCAGCAUGCAGAAGCGUGGAGCGCCCAACGCACAGCUCAAUACGAGCAACAAGCAGCAGCUGCUGCCGCAACCAGUGUACCCAACGUCAAUGAGGAUGAUGACUAUGCUUUAGUAGAGCACAAGUAUACUUUAGAUAUUGAGAAGCUGAAUCGGGAGACAUUGGAUGCCGAUCGGCUACUGUAUGACGCCCUUGAAAGUUCAAAAUGGCUACCACUUGAGCAAUUAGAAACAUACUAACCAAACUAAAUAUAUUAACAUGGACAUCUUCAGCAUUUCUUGUUUGGUAUAAUUGUAAAUUUUAUAAAAAUUUCACUCUCUUCCAAGAUCGGGAUCACAAAAGUUAGGCUUGUGUCGUAAGCUUUUUUUAUUUAAAAGAUUUUUAAUUGGAAAUAAAAAUGGAUUUUUAACUCUUUGUGUACAUACUUAGAUUAUUAUAAAGUUGUAUGUAUGUUUAUUUGCGCGUUAACGAUUAUAGCGUUUAAAUACAAAGUUCAAUUUUGGAACAAUUAUUAUACUUUUCGUAUUGCAAUAUGCCAAGCCUGAGGACGAAAAAAAACACAUAUAUAAACUUUAAUAUAUUGUUCUUUCUUUCCUUAGAACAGUUUUUUUUUACACUAUUUUUUUUAAUUUUGUGCUUCUAAUAAGUUAAAUUAAAAGAUUUUCUAAUUGCUAAGUUAAAUGGAAGUGUAUUCAAAUACAUUUCUACUCAAACUUUGGCUUGGACCGAUUUAAAAUACAAAUCUGAAAUAACCUUGGACCAAGUCAUAUAGACUUAUAAAAAUAAAUAUUUCCAGAUACGAUCUAUAUUAGUUCUGCAUACGUUCUUAGAGCCUAAGAAAUUCAUUUGGCUUUUUUCGAUUCCUUUUUUUUAUUUGUUCCACUGAUAGUGCCAGAUCCUUCUUUACUCUCUUUUUUCUCAGGUUUCUCCUCGGGAUGAUCUUCGUAA